AAAAUCUUAUUAAUUAUUUGGGCAAGCGAUUAGUGGAUUUCCAUAAUACUGUCGAUAUUUACCAAAAGAACCCAUCUCCUUUCCUGUCAUUUCUGUCUGUUAUAGUUAUAGAGUAAGAGUACCAAUAACGUCUUCUUCCUUCUCGUUUUCCUGUCUGAUAAAACACAUCCAUGGACGUCAUCGGUCAGUUGCAGAGACAAGUCGCCGAUUUCACAGCUUCUCUAUAUCGUGAGGGAUAUGUGGACGAUCAGUUUACUCAGCUGAAGAAACUGCAAGAUGAUAGCACUCCUGAUUUUGUGAUGGAGGUUGCUUCUCUCUUCUUUGAAGAUUGUGAGAAGCUUAUUGGCAAUAUGGCCAGAGCUCUAGAACCACGGGCUGAGGAUUUUAAACAGGUGGAUUCUCAUGUUCAUCAAUUGAAGGGUAGUAGUUCCAGCAUGGGUGCAGCGAGAAUUAAAAAUGCAUGCAUUGCCUUCAGAACUUAUUGCGAGGCUCAGGAUCGCGAAGGGUGUUUGAGGUGCCUUCAACAAGUGAAUAAUGAGUACGCUCAAUUGAAAAUGAAGCUUCAAACCUUAUUCCGGCUGGAGCAACAGAUUGUUGCAGCUGGCGGAUCAAUUCCUGUGAUUCAAUAAGUGCUGUGAUGCUAUUCCUCCAAUAACACAUAUAAAUAGAUUGAAAGAUUAGUGCCACAGAUACACUUUUUUUUAUAACUUUUUAUAGUUGAAGUUCAGGUUUGAGCUACUUUAAAGUCCUGAAAGCUUGUAUGUCAGGAAGCAACAAUGUGAAUAAACAUUCCAGUAUCUGCUUCUGAGAAAUGUAUAAUUCUGUUUGCUUUUUCAGUAUUCAAAAUUUGCAUGUACUCGGAUCAGAAUGCCUGUUCUCCCCUAUUGUCUCCUCUCUUCCUCUCACUGUAAUUUAUGAUGCUGUACUCGGUAACUGUGCAUGCUAGAUGAAUUUGUACCGAACAUAUGAUAUUUUUUCUAUGCAGAAUCGAUUCGUUUAAA